UUUAUCCUUGUGAUCAUUUUGAAAUAUGAUGGUGUUUAUAUGCAGGUUAUAGAGUAUAUACAGUUUUUACAUGAGAAAUGAGAAGAUAAAUUUGUAUGAGGGUUCGUACCAAGGAUGGAAUCCAGAGCCAACGAAGUUGAUCCCCUGGAAAAGUCGUCAUAGGCCUGGAGAAAAUUUUGCAGAUCACUCUCAAGUCAUGAACAAUGGUUCUGGUCAGGAGAAUAAUGUUGUUGCCUCCCCUGCUAUGCUCACCAAUGCACAAAACUCAGUGGAAUCUGACUUGGACUCUGCUGCUGUAUACAAAGCACUAGAUCACAUUCGUGGACUAGCUACUCCAUCCGUUCCUAAUAUGAACCAGCAAAACAUCUUUGACCCUAUUGAGAGCAUUGGAGCUCCCACGCAACCAUUGCAAGAAUCUAAUACUGAUGUUGAGAACAUGGCUUCUCAAUCCCAAUACCAAUUGUGGCCGGGUAUUACAUCAACAACUGUUGCAGACAGUAAAAUUAAUAGGCAGGACGAAAAUAAAUCGGUUAGCAUCUCAAGUGCCUACUCUCAAGGGGUAUUGAAUAAUCUGACCCUAUCACUGCGAUCCUCUGGUGUGGAUUUGUCCCAGGCCAGCAUCAAUGUUGAACUUGAUGUUGGAAAUCGAGCAGACGGUGGCCUGAAAUCAAUGGCAUCUAGUUCACAGGCUCAUCUCAGACAAUGCUUGAACAAUCAAAUGAUGAUGCAUUCUCAAGUAAGCAGCUAUAACGAGAACUUUGAACAAGCUCAUAAGCGGUUCAGAACAGGAGAAAGCUAGUCUCCAGUUUUUCCUAGUGUUCUUUGCUUUUUGGAGGGUAGGAGCUCUUGGGCGGGUCAUUUUUAUAAGGUCAUGACCCACAGACAACUAGGUCCGGGUCAAUUGUACAUGUUUGUGCUCCUUGUGCAUGGGUUUUUCCUAGAUAGAUGCCUCAGAUAUUCAUUUGUUUGUACUUCUGUUUUUUGAUUUAACAAUGACUUGUUACCAUCAUUUGGAUUUUGGUUUCUAUACAUAUAUAUAUAUAUGUACUCUUACUGUAGAGCAAAUUCCACACACCAUUCAACUCAA